AUGUGGCAUCUAAUAGACGUUUCGUUCUGGUGUGUGCUGUUUAUUAGUGCCCUUUGUAGCGGUCAGGAUCUGCUGACGAAUCCCAGCUUUGAGAAUGGCGUGACGGGAUGGAAAGGUGAAGGCUUCACUUUACAGACAGACUCCAGCAUUGCCCAUGAAGGAGCAGCUUCCGCUUUGUGCACAGACAGAACUCAGGACUGGCAAGGCCCAACACAAGAUAUCAUUCUCACUGGUGGGAGCAGAUAUGAAUUUAGCGCGUACAUUCAGCUCAUCGAUGAUUCUCCGGCGAGUGCAGAUCAGCCCGUCUAUGUGAGGAUCACAUCCAGUUUCUCUAAUGGAACAACUAGUGUAUUGGAACUAGCCACGCGUAUACGUGUGAGUCCCAGUGAUGGAUGGGUGCACCUUGGGGGAACCUUCUUGUACCCAAACAAUAAAUACACAAGCGCUACCCUGAGUGUGGAAGGUCCGGCUGCUGGCGUUUCCUACUACUUUGAUGACGCAUCUCUUGUGGAAAUACCCGAAUACACAACAUGGGAAGCUGACGCUAAUGCACUUAUUGAGGCUCACAGGAAAAACAAUAUUCGCUUUACAUCAUUUGUAAUCUUUCAGGUAGACCAUACUCGCCACCUGUUCAGCUUUGGGACUGCGGCUCGAAGCGACUUCCUUUUCGACAUUGAUUUUCAUCAAUAUCGUGACGUUUUGUACAGCUUAUUCAACUCAGUGACACUAACUACCUAUGACUGGUUGAAUUAUCAAGAUAACGUGGAUGGCUCAAGCUAUUUUGUAACUGUCGCCGCCACAGAUGAGGCUCUUAAAAAUGGUUUAAAGGUACGCGGUGAGUCUUUUUUCUCUGCUCGACCAUCGUCCCAGCCUUCGUGGGUUUCAGCUUUAAAUUCCCAGCAACUCAAGGAUACCGUUACUAACCGUAUUAGCUACUUGACUGGAGUCACCAAAGGAAAAGUCUCCCAGUUUGUUGUCAAUAACCAACUACUACAUGGCAGAUUUUACGAGGACAGAACCGGGGACCCAAAGUUUACACAACAAUUAUUUAAGUCAAUUGGCGCUGCUGAUCCCUUUCCUGAGUUGCUGCUGAAUGAUUUUGAUGUCGUUGCUGAAGGAAACCACAAUUUGGGGUAUGUUGAUCAGAUCAAUGCCUUCAAAGACGCUGAUGUUGGACUAAGAGGCGUGGGUAUCCAGAGCAGGUUUCCAGACUUCACCAAACCAGACAUAACCCUUGUGAAGGGCCGUCUCGACAACCUGGCAGCGACAGGACUUCCCUUAUGGAUAACUCAGCUAAGUGUAGGAUCCAGCGAUGAAAACGAGAAGGCAGACUGGUACGAGGACGUGCUGAGGCUCUACUUCAGUGAGCCCUCUGUUGAAGGAAUCUCAUUUUAUGGUUUCCAUGACCACGACUUCAAUCCAAACAAUUCUUUCGUUCAUGGCUAUUCAUACACGCUGGACGAGGCUGGAAAGCGGUACCAGCGGUUGAUCAAACAAGAUUGGAGCACUCACGUUACACAGUCUCUGAAGACAGGCACUUCCUUCACCGUCAGAGGUUUUCAGGGAGACUAUGCUGCGGUUGUGUACUACAGGGGCAAGCCAGUACAGCGAACUACAUUCACUCUGGGGAAGGCUGACACGACUGUCACAAUUAACGUGACUGCCACUGCAGAAAUUCAGCUGCCAACUGUUGUUGAUCCAUUCGCACCUCAAGAUUUUGAAUUUGCAACAUCAAGCUUGAACCUGCAGACAAUAGGUCACGGCACGUCCACGUCUCAGUCUCAACAACUCCAGUGUGUUUCUCGAAGAUCAGCUGUGUCCGCGGUAGGAGACGAAAAGACAGUCACCAUCGGUUGCAACGCUGGAGAGGUUCUUACAGGGUGUUCCAGCUUUGCCACUAACAAUGACUGGCGUCGAGAUGGUGAACAAGUGACCUUUGUAAAUGGAAAGGCUGUUUGUACAGCCUUCAACGGACAUUAUUCUUCUGCAGGUGUCCAAGCAGAAGCACGAUGCUGCAGCCUCAGAAGUCUUCAGUGCCGAUACAGAACUGCCGGCCCAUCGGGCACCGGAGAAAGGGAUGAAAUCAUUAUUCCCUGCGCAGAUAGCGAAUAUCCAGUUGGCUGUGGUUCAUGGACGUUUGAAGCUGAGUCAGCCGGUACAAUUUUCACAAGCUCCUUCUGCGUAGGAGAGAAUGACGAUCCAGUUGUUGGUGUCUAUGGCUAUGCUUCCUGCUGCCAGGCAAAUCCAUCCCUGCACUGCAUCACAAUGUAUUCAGAAUUCAGUGGUCCUAAUGUUGGAGACAGAGCAGUGAUGACUUGUCCCUCUGAACUUCCUUUUAUACUGACUGGGUGUAACUAUCACGCACCCAAUGGAAGAGGUGCCGGAGCGUUCAUUGAAGGUAAUAUAUCCGUAACUGUACUGCCGAGUGUCGUAAUUACAUGGAACUGA